AUGAAAACCUUUACUUUACGUUUAAAGAUUUUUACAUUUCUUCUUUUAAUUUGGAUAUUCCAUUGUUUUUACAGUUACGAUUCCAUUAGGUCUUUGAUUUAUAAAGAUACGCUACAAAUAAAAAAUAGGUUAAAAGAUGGAAGAAUGUUAGCAGAGGGUGGCAUGUUGAAAAAAAAACAAACUUGCAUUAAGGAACAUUCAGAACAUUAUCUAUAUGAUGAAAAAGAUAAUAAAGAAGAUAAAUUGGUUUAUUUAAAGAACAUGUAUAAUAUAUGGUAUAAUGUCAUUAUUCUAUCAAUGUGUGAAUUGCUUUCUAUAAAAAAAAAUGAAAUGGCUAAUAAAUGUAGAGAUAAACUAUUGAAUGUUCAUCGGAAUAAUACUUACGAGUUUUCGAUUCCAGCACUAUCAAUGACUUAA